AUGUCACCACUUUCGCAAUCCGAAAAAGACCAGCUAAUUGCUCAAAUCUCACACUCGCUUUCGAAAACACCUUAUGCAUGUAGUUCUCUUACACAGCUCACAAACGGAACUACAAACUUUGUCUUCCGUGGCGUUCUUACUCAACCCGAGCCCGUACUCCUACCCCUGGAUCCCCAACAUGGCGGCAUCGACAAUGCAGAAACAGCAAUAGCAACUGCCGCUACGAGGACCAAAACCGUCAUCAUCAAACACUCCACCGCUUUCGCGGCGCUCAACAAGGAUCUCCCAAUCGACGUGUCACGCUGUGUAGUCGAAGAACGCAUGCUCAAUGCCCUGUCCAGCUGGAACUUCCAGCACACGACCUCUACCUCUAGAAUCAAAAUUCCGCGUCUCCAUAUCUUUAUUAGGCAGACGGACGCAAACACCCAAAUUCUAGAAGAUAUUCCCGGUGCCGUGGAUCUAAAGGCCCUACUCAUCGCGCCCAGCGCUAACAGCAAUCUCUCCCUCUCCCAGUCCCGCGCGACGUCCAUCGGCCGCGCUCUAGGAUCCUGGCUCCGCGCAUACCACACAUGGAUUUCAGCACCCUCGCAUGCUGAUCUCCGUGCAGAGAUUGGGGCUAAUGAGCCUAUGCGAAAACUAAAGUAUUUAAUAAGUUAUAACACUUUCAUCGGGGUGAUUGAACAGUUUCCGGAAAUAACAUGUACAGAGGUUGAUAAGAAGACCUUGGAAGAUGUUAAAGAUGUGGCAACGGAGGAGUUUGAGCGAACGGCGACGGGUGAGGAAUGUGAGGAAUGGGGUAUCAUCCAUGGUGAUUUCUGGACUGGAAACGUUCUACUCUCCGAAAAACAGCAGGUGGAACAGGAGACUAAUCUCUCUAUCGUUGACUGGGAGUUCACCCAAUUCGGCCACAGAGCAUAUGACAUCGGGCAGAUGAUAGGCGACCUGCUUGAGAGAAACCAUUUCAUGCAGGUCAACGGUGCCGUCUGGGUACUGGGAGGAUUCAUCGAUGGCUACGGCGCUGUAAGCGAAGAUAUGGCGUUCCGGAUCGCUGUUCAUACAGGUGUGCAGUUGAUUACUUGGGUGACGCGGGGUCCACCCCUUCAUAUGCGUCCCGCAUGGGCUACGCGGAAGAGGGUGGUAGGCAUAGUGGAACUGGGCAUAACGUUCAUCUUGAAGGGAUGGAACAAGGACAGGAAGUGGCUUAAGAGCAGCGUGCUUGCAGACUUGGUUGCAGAUAAAUAG